UCUCUGGGGAGGCUCUGUUCCAUUGGGUGGAGGUGGAGUUUGGUUUCAGGUGAACGGAACUGAGGACAAGAAGAGACAUAAGGGAGAGAGCGGGCGGCAUCCCCUGUCAGGAUGUUCCGUAAUUCCAGGAGGAGAAGAUCUCAGGGUUCAGAGGUCAACCUGACAGGUCAAGGUCAACCAUGCCAUUCCUGUGGAGAGCGCUGCCCUGGGUUCCUUGCACACAAAUGGAGGAAGAUCUGCCAACAUUGCCAGUGUCCAUGGGAGGAACAUGGCCAUACGGCAUCCAAUCAGGAUUUGGAACGUUCCUUAUGUCGCCUGGUGUCAGGUUCUCAGAGGGACUCUUUGUGUGACAGCAGUUCUGACAGCUCCGUAGAAAAAUACGCAUGGGUCCCCUCUGGACUGAACCCUGUGCAGGUUCACCACUUCUUCAAGUGUUUCCCAGAGAAGAAGAUCCCCUACAUCAACAGUCCUGGAGAGAAGUAUAGGUUGAAGCAACUUCUCCAUCAGCUGCCCCCACAUGAUAGCGAAACGUGCUGCUGCUGUUUGUUCUGUGCCAGGCCCAGUACUGCUGUUAGUUGUAAGCCGGUCCUGUCCCAGGCCCGGUACUGCUGCUCUUUGCAGGGGGAGGAAGAGGAAGAGCUGCUGCUACUCUUCAGUCAAAAACGAAGACUUGAGAACCUGGGUCGUGGGUGUGUGCGGCCGAUCUCCGGAACCAUGAGUGGUACAGUUUGUCAGCAGUGUGGGCAUCAAAUAAACGUGGGUGAAGUGGCAGUGUUUGCGUCCCGGGCAGGGCUGGGCUUCUGCUGGCACCCGCAGUGCUUCACCUGUGCCCAAUGCUUGGAGCUUCUAUGUGACCUCAUCUACUUCUACCAAGAUGGCAAAGUGUAUUGUGGGCGCCACCAUGCUGAGCUUAAGCGACCCAGAUGCUUGGCAUGUGAUGAGGUGAUAUUUUCUUUGGAAUGCACUCAGGCAGAGGGUUUCCACUGGCAUACAAGACAUUUCUGCUGCUUUGAGUGUGAGUGCCCGCUUGGAGGACAACGUUAUAUAAUGAAGGACCAACGCCCAUUCUGCUGUUCUUGCUACGAGAGACUCUAUGCCCAGUACUGUGACAGCUGUGGGGAAUGCAUUGGUAUAGAUGAAGGACAACUGACCUAUGGAGGACAACACUGGCAUGCUUCUGAGAGUUGCUUCUGCUGCGGUAGGUGUGGAGAAUGCCUGCUGGGUAGACCUUUCCUACCUCGCCAUGGACAAAUUUACUGCUCCCGGAGCUGCAGCAUGUUGCACACCAAGUCUGAACGUCCAUUCAGCCCCUCACAGAUGGACUUAUCCUUCCAGAAAGAGACCAAAGAUGUGGGAACUUCCACUAACCAUGAACUAGAAGGUGAUAGUAUUACCAACUGCACGUUAGCCGGCAGCAGAACAUCUUUGUCUGUAAUCGACCAGACACCGACUCAAGCAGCCCCAGCACGCUCUCUGCACUCCAGCUUAAGGGGUGCACCCAAAGGAUUUUCCCGGGAAUGUCCAAACAGACGAUCGCUACCUGACCUAAGCAGUCACACGAGGACACCUACCAGAGUCACCUUUCAGCUUCCAAGUCAUUCAGAGAUCAAGGAGUCCAUAUCCUUCUCUCGUCCAUCUUUUACUUCUUCAUCAUCUUCUGAUGAAGAGGAAGGUUAUUUUUUAGGUGAACCUAUCCCUUUGCCACCUUUCCUUAGAUCCCCCGGAUACACUGCACCCCCUACUCAUGUUCCCACCUCCACUCGAAAGCAAAAGAAGAAGAAAGACAAAAGUUGCUUUCUUUCAUAAACCAAAUCCUGGAGUGGAUAAAAAGUGACCAUAUGGAUCCUGAUGCAAAUGAGAAAUUGAAACAAGAACGUCAAGACUAAAAUUUGCAUCGCAGUUCAGGCAAACCCUUCUACAGAAUAAAGGUGCUACAAUUAAUAAA